GAGAUCUAAACGGACAUUGUUAUAGAGGUGUACCUUUGAAAGUCAUAUUAGAUUUUAACAAAAAUCUGUUUCAUACAACAUGUUUAUGUCUUCCAAAUUAUUAUGGUUCACAUUGUCAAUAUCAAAAUCAACGAGUUAGUUUUACAAUGAAACUUCAAACAUUUUCUGAUUCUUGGCAAACACAAUUUCUUCUCAUUGUUUCACUUAUUGACGACACAGAUAAACGAAUUAUUCAUUCAUAUGAACAAAUAACAUAUUUUCCAAUGCAAAAUUGUCAAACAUCAUUUGACAUCUAUUUAAUUUAUUCAAAUCGACCAAAAAAUCAAUCCAAACAAUAUACAAUACAUAUUGAUAUUUAUGAAAAAUUAUCUUUAAACUAUCGAGGAAGUUUCUUUAUUCAUAUACCAUUUCUAUUUUUACCUGUACAACGUAUUGCAAGUCUAUUAAAUAUUCCAUAUAAAGGUUAUUUAAUGAAAAAUUGUUUUAUUGAUGGAUGUUUACAUGGUGAAUGUAUUCGAUAUUUUGAAGAUACAAAUAAUAGAACAUUUUGUAAGUGUUUUAAAGGAUGGACUGGUCGACUUUGUACAAUUGGAUAUAAAUGUAACUGCUCAUCGGAUACAUUAUGUCAUGGUAUAUCAGCAAAUCAACGUUCAAUUUGUAUUUGCCCAAUAGAUAAAUGGGGUCCUCAAUGUUUGAUUUUUGAUGAAAUAUGUCAUUUAAAUAAUCCAUGUCGAAAUAAUGGUACAUGUAUACCUUAUGAUCAACAUGUUUCACCUGGAAAUACAUUUGAAUGUAUUUGUUCAAAAGAAUUUUAUGGUAAACUAUGUGAAUAUUCAUCUUUUAAAAUGAUUUUAUCAUUUUCAAAUGAUAUUGAUAUACCUGAAACAAUGUUUAUUCAUUUUAUUGAAAUGAAACAUAGACAAGAACCAGAGAAAGGUAUCACUUUUAAAAAAAUUCCAAUCAAUCGUGAUCCAAUAACUAUCUAUUGGGCAAAAACUGUUCAUAUAAGUUUUGUUGAAUUAUUUCUCAAUCAAUAUUAUUUAAUUCAUCUUGAUGAAAAUCAUAAUAAAUCGAAUAUUAUUAAAAAACAAAUCAAAUUAUCUGAUUAUUGUCUACAUAUUCGUCAAGUAUUUAAUGAAUCAUUUGCUAAACUUC